AUGCGUGUCCGAGCCCUCUCACCUGUUCUGUGGUAUCUCCCUGCUUUCGGGCCAACGCCGUGUUCCUCGCUCUCUGCGACCGCUCCGCCUCAUGGUGCUGGGCCUCAGUGUCCGUCGCCUGUCCCACCGGCUUCUCCAUCGCCUCGAGAGAAGCCGACAGUCUGUCUGUACAUCCCGUGCACGCAUGCAGCGCCAUCCCAGUCCGCUUCUUCCGCUCCGUCACCGUCGUCUGUCUCCCCCCCUGGCAGCCCUACGCACAGCCCUCCAGCUGACCCCCCUGCGGCGGCGCCACCGGCCGUGCCGCCCAGCCGGUCGCGCUCGAACUUCCGUUUUUGUUCAGACAGCUGCCGGGAGGGGCUGUUGCUUGCUCUCCCUUCUGUCUCUCCAACCUCCCUGCCGGAAUCUCUUAAGCACUUUCUAAUCUCGUACACUUCGGCUUUCCCGGCGCGAUCUCUUCCACUCCUUUACGUCGACGCCGUACAGGCGGCGUCUCCCGCGUCCGCGCACACCGAGGCGACCGCGGAACUGUCCGCCGAGCAACGCCAAACGUGUGCGGCUGCAGUCGGUCCGCUCGUGGGCACCGCAGAUGGCCGCAUCUCUGCGGCGUAUACGCACUGCGACGACCGGCCGUCAGGGCUUCCCAUUGUCUACACACCUUGCGUGGUGCCUCCCUCGUUCCCGCGCAACCAUGCUCUUCAGCCUCAGAAACUCGGUCGGCUGUUUGCGCACUUGGCUCACCAGAGUGAACGGCGAGACGCGCGAGCACUCGACGAGGGCCGGAGAGAGCAGCGAAGCGAAGCGCCGGAAGCUGUCGAAACGGCGGACGCGAAACAGAUCGCGCGGCGGGACCCGCGCGACUUGGCCGGACGCGCCUCUAGGAAGGGCGAACCCGAAGGCGACUUGCGGCACAGCUGCGCAGACGCCAGAGGGCUUCUCAGGGGAACGCGAACGCUGAGCGAUCCACGCGACCCGACGACGCCCACCGGCGCAGGCACGGAAAAGAGCGGUCGGGCGACGGAGAGCGCAGACAAGAGCUGUACGGAUGGACCACGUCGAGAAGGGCAUGUUCCGGCCUCCAGCGCGCUCUCCGUGUCCUCUCCUCGCCAUUGCCCCGGACACCCAGCGGCCGAAAACCGGUGCGGGCGAGACGGGCGUCGCACGUCCACGGCCCCGCAGACUCGGCGGCUCACGGACGCGCACGAGCCGGCACAGACCAACGUCCAGGCGGCCUCGCAAGCGCGGCGAGUGGCGCCAGCCCGACGCGCUCUGGGGACCUCUGUUGCCUCACGAUUCUCGCUUUUCUCUCCGAUUCAAGACGCCGACGUCACCUGCGCCUGGCUGCGUAGUGUACAUACGGCCGACUACGUGCGCGCAGCCUCGGCAGCGGCUCUCAGCGAAGCGGAGGAACGCAAAAUAGGUCUCCCAGUCACCAAAGGUUACGCAUCCAAAUCGCUUGCAGAGGUGACGUCGACUGUCCUGGGCACCUGGCUCGCCAGUCACUUUGGCAUGGCAUGCGUUGUCGGCGGCGGAACUCACCACGCGAAGAAGGCUCACGGAGGCAAAUUCUGUGUCUUCAACGACGUCGCCGUCGCGGCUGCACUCGCACUCAAACAAGGGAUUGCUGAGGGGUAUCAUACCUGCAAAUUCUGUUUCCUGAUGCCCUCGACGGUCCCGGGAAUGCGCAGGUCAGAUGUCGACGUGGCGCUGCCAGCGGGUACCGGAGACGAAGUGUACUUACACCACAUAAAUGAGGUUCUUCCUCGGAUGCUCCGAGAGCAUUGUCCGUCGCUUGUUUUCUACGUCGCGGGCGUGGAUAUCCACGAGCGCGACACUCUGGGCAACUUCCAAAUUACCGACGCGGGCAUCAAGAAACGGGAAGAGCUCGUGUUCUCCCACUGCCUCCGCUACAAUCAAGAACUCAUGCGGCGCGCAACGCAGAGCGAGGAACGUCCCCGCACGCCUGACGCGGCCGCAGAACGCGGCGCAAGUCCGUGCGAGCCCCCGGGCACGACGCCGCGGCCGAGUGGCGCUUUAGGCGUGACGAUUCAGGGCCGAGACGGCCCCGCUGGCACGCACGGGCGCCGCACGACGUGGACGCAGCAUCCAGACCGAGAGGCGUCUCUCGAGCAGGAAGUGGGAACGCUCACGCACGGGGUGAAGGCGGAUUCCCUUCCGCACAACGGCCGGCCUGGAGACGCGACCCCCGGCCGCGCGGAGACGUCCAAAACGCCGGCGCAUGCAGUCGCGCGCCGCCCCGUCGCUAUCUGCUCCGUCGUCGCCGGUGGCUACAGCGACGACAUCCAAACCACUGUCGAGAGCCACGCAAUUCUUUUCGAGACUGCGGCGUAUUUCUGGACGGAGCGCCGAUUCCCGGACUUCUACACGCCCCCUUACAGGGCGCACUGCUGGCCGUAUUAA